AUGGACACCAAGGACAUGAGUGGGAAAGAUUCUGGAGGGAUCAAGAAGAAGAAUCUAACCUUUCUCAAAAGCAGGCUAUAUAUGUUAGAGAGGAGGAAAACGGACACCAUAGUAGAGCAAAACACGAAUGGGGAACAUGGAAAUUCAGGAACUCUGCGCAGGAGUCAGUCCGACAGGACGGAAUAUAACCAGAAGCUAAAAGAAAAGAUGGCACCCAAUGUUCCAUCAUCCGCUCCAACGUCUCCCAUUCAAGACACAGAGGAGCUGCGGAGGAGGAAAAUGGAAAAGAGGGCCAAGAUUAUCUCGGAGCUGAUCCAGACAGAAAAGGACUACCUGAAUGACCUGGAACUUUGUAUCAAAGAAGUUGUUCAUCCACUUAGGGAAUAUCAUUCAGACCACUUUGAUGUGGAUGCUCUCUUCAGCAACAUUGAGUCUGUCUGUCAAAUAUCAGCCAAGCUGGUAUCCUUGCUGGAAGAAGCCCUGACUGAUGUGGACAAGGAACUCCAAGUGAUCGGUGAAUUGUUUCUUGAGAUUAAAUGCCCAUUAGAAGAUGUCUAUAAAAUCUACUGUUACCAUCAUGAUGAAGCACACACAUUGCUCGAAUCCUAUGAGAAAGAUCAAGAGCUGAAGAAUCAUAUGAGGCAGUGUACACAGUCACUGAAGAAAAUAUAUGAAGAACAGGGUAAACCGAAUCUACUGGACAUGGGUUCCCUGAUGAUUAAACCUAUCCAGCGAGUGAUGAAAUAUCCCUUGUUGCUAUGUGAGCUGCUGAACUCCACUCCCCAGUGUCAUCCAGACUUCAAGACACUAAAGGAUGCAUUUACAGCUAUUAAAGAUGUUAAUAGCAACAUAAACGAGCUGAAGAGGAGGAAAGACUUAGUGUUGAAGUACAGGAGGGUAGAUGAAGAGGAAUCACUGAAAGACAAACUUUCCAAGCUCAGUAUUCACUCAAUUACCAAGAAAUCUAAGAGAGUGACCAGCCACUUGAAGAUACUGACUGGAGGGGAACAGGUGAAGGACCAAAUAUUUAACAAGGAAGAAAAAAUAUUCAGAAAUUUGGAGAAGACUGUUAGAUUGUGUGUGAAGAACAUUUCAUGCACCCUACAACACAUGCAGGAUGCGAUGCCUUUGGCUGGCCUUAACGUUGUGGAAUUACAGGACAUACUGCAUGAUGAAUCCCAGGAAAAGCAUCAAGACCUAAACUUGCAAAGCAGUCUGGGAGUCUGCAAAUUGGAUCGCCUAGUGUGUACACCACUGAGCGUACUGCAGUCCAUGUUUUCCACACCUCAGAAGCUGAUUCAGAAACGUUAUGAUAAACUUCUGGACUAUCACAGUUGCCUACAAAAGCCAGCUGACUCUCAGUUGGACCAGGCAAGGAAGAACUAUGAGGCCCUCAAUGCACAGCUACUGGAGGAGCUGCAAGUGUUUAACAAGGCUGCACGCAGCAUCCUUUUCAACUGCUUCUACUUCUUCAUAGCCCUGGUGAAAGAAAUCAUGUCUGCUGCCAGAGAGUCUUGCUCACAUGCUGCUGGCACAUUUACGAUCAUCUCUGCAAAUGUGACAGAAGUCCAGCAACGAAUCAUGGAUGAGCUACAGAACUUAAACUUUAUGAAGGAAAACAAUAACGGAACUUUUAUCGAGAGAAAACUGAGCUUUGAGAGGAAGAAAACGUUAUCUCCCCUGCCCGAACUACCUCGCCAGACUGAGAGCCACAGGUGCAAGCUAUUGUCUACCUAUGGUGCGGAUAAACUUUACCAAGCAAAGCGCAAGUGCAACGCUUCCCAGGACCAGGAUAUAGAUCUGUAUGAAGGGGAGCUGGCGGCUAUUGUGGAGUACAAGGACCCUUUGGGAAGCACCAGCAGGUGGUUUGUGGACACAGGACUAACACAAGGAUACGUAUAUUCCUCCUUCCUAAAGCCAUACAACCCAGGAAGGCAGCAGAAGGAUUCAUCUGACAGCGCUUUUUGUGGUGAAGACUUUGAUGACCUCAGUCUCUUUGUCUCGCCUCGGCCUUCCCGUGACAGAAACAGUCGUGCAUCACAGAGCAGCACUGGGGACAGCAGUCCGUCCAUGAAUGGAGAUGAGGACAAACAUGAAAUUAAUGACUAUGAUGCAGACUUUUGUCAGAAUGGAGAGGAAUAUCAUAUUUUCUAUGCUGUUUAUGCCUUUGAAGCACGGAGUAAGCAGGAACUGACUUUGGAAGAGCAUCAGCGGGUCAGAAUCCUUAAGUUCUGUGAUAUGAGUGGAAACAAAGAGUGGUGGCUUGGAGAGACACAUGGCCAGAAAGGUUACGUUCCAGCAAAUUAUCUAGGAAAGAUGACUUAUGCAUAGCUAUAUCUCAUCUCCCUUAAAGCAUCGUGAAGAAAUCUAUGACAACUGUGACUUUGUAUUAGCUGAAACUAGACAUCUGUUGUGUCUAUGCAAUGUGAAGGAUAUUGUAUAUAUCCAAUGUGCAAAG